AGAGUUUGAUGUUUAGACUCCAGCACUCUUCUGUUUUCCUUGUUGGUAUUAAUUUUUCGGAUUGCAGUUUCCACUCUCAAAACCCGGUUAAUCUCAAACAUGAAGGAAAUAAACGUAAUCUAAUCAUUUUGACUAACUUGAUGAAGCUUGUAUAAGUAGGAUUACAUUGCAUGAUAGAUAACUGGACUGUUUAACUCAUUGAAUUAUAACCCUCUUGCCCAAAACCUUACCUUAAAGAAACCCUUUGCAUUUUGACACACUUACUAUGUUUAUUAAUUCUUUGCGCGUUCCACCGUCGAGAUGCUGUAGAAGAGGAAGAACCUUGAAAUGGAUGAAAGAGGAAUGAUUAUUGUUUACCAAAGGUAAUUGUGAAAGGUGAGGAACAUUAAUGAUUGUGGUAAAACAGAUAUUAAGUAACUGUUGCAUGCUGAGUAAGUUGACAUUGUGUAAGGCAUUGAAUAAGUUGCAUGUUGAGCCCGAUUACGUUUAUUUCCUGCUCCAUUUUCGGUCAACCGUAAUCCAGAAAGUAUAAAAAGAUAAGACUGAACGUUGCAUGAGGUGCAUGUCUUCAUAGAUGAGUGCUGUUGUCUUCAUCGGUUUGAGAUGAAAAAAGCAUGCAAGUCGUGAAUUUCCAUCCACUAUGCCAGUUUCGUUGAAUAACUGAAAAUAAUUUUUGUUGCCAUUGUCGGACAAAAAGCGCAGUUUGAUUUCUAAGGGCCGGGUGUUUUGCAACGCACGACGAUAUGCGCGCUGCGCACGUUAGACCACCAGAAGGAUCGAAUUAAUGAAGCUCAAGAAUUACAUGCUAAUUCCUGGGACUCGGUGCCAACUAUAGAUAAAAACUGAACUGUCAUUGCGGACGAUUUCUAAUAAAAAUACCAAAUUCGGACCACCGGUCAGGUAACCUGAAAAUCAGGUUGCCUUUGGAGGGUUUUUCUCCGGGCACUCCGGUUUCCCUCCUUUUCGUUUGGCUUUAAAAACAGUGUCCAUGUCUGGGGCCAAACCAAACGUGUUCGUAGAUAGUGGUAAAAACGCGUGCGUGGCUUCUGGGUUCGAUUCCCAGAACACAGGCGUAGAAUAAUUUUAAAAACAUGGUUGUGGAAUCAUUACGUAAUUAGCUACAUCUGUUCGGACAUUUCUAGUUAUGAGAUUUAGCAUGCAUGAGUUAACAUUGGUUUACCUAAUUAUAUUUUCUGUGAUAGUCAAUCAUAUCUUCUUUAAAUUUUUUAAUGUUGCAAUGUUUUAACGUUGAUUCAUUUGGCGUUUUUUGGGCGUCAAAUAUUUGCAUAUCUACUAACUCUGGUGGAAAAUCCACUCAAAAAAAAAGAAGCGCGUUGUUUCAAUAUGGAAACAUCGCAGCGACACGUGGGUUUUAAUUCCAAUAUGGCGGACGAACCAGAGCGAAAGUAUUCUCAAGAGCAGUUAGAAAGCGACGAGGUUUCCAAGAAAGAUAUACUUUCCUUUCUUCAGGAGCAUGCGUCGAAAGCGUUCCUAAAGGCGAAUAAACUAAAUGGAAAGCUUAAUAAUGUUGCAAAGUCUUUCAAGAAAGACCAAGCUAUUAGCGCAUACAACAAGAUGUUUGAAACAAAGGCAUUCAAAAGUGAUGCAGAUGAUGAAGAAGAAGCUGUGCAAGAGGUAACAAAGAAGGUGGCUGCUGCCAAAGUGAGUGAGAAAGAAGCAGCUCAUGUCGAGAGACCAAAAUAUACGAAGAAGAUUCUGAAAAAAGCAAGUAAACCAGAUCAGAUACCUAAGAAAGGUGAUCUUGUCAGCUGCUUUUACACUGGGAAACUUCAAGAUGGGACUGUUUUUGACACAAAUAUUGGGAAAGGAUCCAAGAAGAGAGGUGGAAGUUAUGUUCCUUUGAAAUUCAAAGUUGGGACAGGUCAGGUUAUUCGUGGUUGGGACGAGGCUUUGAUGACAAUGGGAUUGGAUGAGAAAGCUGAACUUACAAUUCAACCUGAAUGGGCUUAUGGACGAAAGGGCCUUCCAGAUCACAAAAUUCCCCAGAAUGCAACUCUCAUUUUCGAAGUUGAGUUGGCUGGAAUAGAAUGAUUAAAAAUCAGGACUUGGUUGAUAAUGGAUUUCGUUUCUGGAAGCUAUGGUAUUAUAUCGAAAUUGCUCUUCUGUUGUGUUGUGUUUGGCUCAUCUAACACUCUGUAGAUAGGCAAAUACAUUGUUUUGUGGAAAACAUUAACUAUGCAAGCAGGAAUGGACAUCCAGUGGUUGGGAAUAGAUGAAACUUAGGUAAAUUAUUUUUGCAAAUUGUGUGGCAGUAUUGUGUAUGCCUUGAUGUGUACGUAGAUAAGUAAGUUCUCCUGAUCUUCUAUAAAGUUUAUUUUUGUUUUGAAAUUUUACCUUUUUUGACUGUAUUUGAUGAAUUCUGUUCUGUACCAAACGAAAAUUAAUGCGAAGAUAUUGUAUGC